AUAAACAUACUUAAAAAACCCACAAUAUAACUCCGAAGCCCAAUCCAAGCUACUCCUAAACCCUAAACACAACCGCUCUCUUCCUCUGUCUCAACUCUUCCAAAUCUCUGUCUCUCAAGCACUUACCGUACAGCAAUGGCGACUCCUUCUUUGAGCGAAGAUACUGCCAAGGCUGUUCUUCGCCAGGUAGAGUUUUACUUCAGUGAUAGCAAUAUUCCAAGAGACGAUUUUCUCAAGAAAAAAAUCAGCGAGAGCGAAGAUGGCAUGGUUAGUUUGGCAUUGAUUUGUUCGUUUUCAAAGAUGAGAGGCCAUUUGAAUUUAAAGGCUGUGAAGGCGGAUGAUGUACCAGAGGUUACUCUGAAAGCCGUUGCUGAAACUCUCAGAACUUCCUCUUCCCUCAAGGUUUCUGAAGAUGGGAAGAAAGUUGGUAGAAGCACUGACCUAUUAGACCCUGACGAAAUGAUAGAGCAAUUGGACAGUAGAACAGUUGCUGCAUCACCAUUCGAGUACAAUGUCCAGAGGGAAGAUGUAGAAGCCUUUUUUGGGAAAUAUGCUAAGGUUAAUAGUGUGAGGUUGCCUGGUCAUGUGACGCACAAAAAGUACUUUUGUGGCACGGCUUUGAUUGAAUUCUCUGCUGAGGAGGAUGCCCAAAGGUUCUUGGAGCAAAGCUUGGUUUUUGCAGGCGCUGAGCUGGAAUUAAAACCAAAGAAGGAUUUUGAUGCUUUAAGAGAAGAAGAAGAAGAAGCUGCGGAUGUUGGUGAUUAUGACUCAAAUGUAGAAGAAAAAUAUCCCAAGGGCUUACUUGUAGCAUUUACAUUAAAGAGCAUUUCAGCUGGGGACUCUCAAGAGCAAAAUGUUUCUGAUGAGCUCACAAAGGAGGGUGCUACCGGAAGUGAACAGAAGACUACAGAAAAUGACAAUGACAGCAAAGAAAAGAUUGAUGAUAAACAUAAAUCCACUGCAUCUGUCUAUAAAGAUGAUAUGAAUGUUGUUUUGCGUGAGGAUUUGAAGGAUGUCUUUCAAAAAUUCGGCACUGUAAAGUAUGUUGAUUUCAAAGUUGGAGAGGAUAAGGGUUACAUUCGGUUUGAUGCACCUGAAGCAGCCCAAAAAGCUCGUGCCGCUGCAGUGCUGGCUAAAGAAGGUGGCCUGGUUGUCAAAAAUUUCAUUGCUAAUUUAGAACCUGUAACUGGUGAUGCUGAGAGGGAGUAUUGGAGUCUACUUCGUGGUAACCAAGAAAAGCACCGAGAAAACAAGCGCUUUCAAUCAAGGCUUCUUAGGGGAGGAAAGCACUACAAAGGUGGAAAACAUGCUCGAGGUAGAGAAAAUGAUUCUUCCAGAGGUCGUCCAAAUAAAGCUAAAAGAAGUGGAUCAGCGUGAGAGUGAUUUAUGGAUGUAAGAUGGGUUUCGAGAUCAUUUUUGUACCAUAGCUUAAGGUUCUUUCUGGCUUAAGUUAGCCGUAAGUUUUAUUUGCUUUAUAUAACACGUGGCAAUAUUUUUUUGUAGCUCGAAUGAUUUAAACCCUGCUAUUUUUACUUCCUUCAAAUUGGUCUUUUUUUUUCUUUUGUUUUCUCGCAAAUGCAAAUCGAGAGUGUUAAGAUGUAAAUUGAAGCAAAUUUACUACCAAUCACCUUUUAUUCCUUACCCUUCAAUCUUCAAUCACCUUUAAAAUUCUAUGGCUAUAAUUAUUUUCUUCAACUACCAAAAAGGACCAUGGAGCAUUGGCUCCUGUUUUUGCCUGUAUUUAUUAUUUUUAUUUUAAGGUUUCACCAGCCAGCAGUAGGGUGUAGCACUGUAGCUGGCUUGUUUUUGUUCUUCAAUGGCUUUUUUUUUUUUAAUCUUGGAAAUAAAAUAGUAGAUUUUGCUUUCAUUAAAUUCUAAAGUCUAAACAAAGUAAAUACACUGAUUCCUUGCUUAAUAUCUGCCUCACUUGCUUUAUCCUUUGCAAUGAC